AUCGAACUCUACAGAUACAUAUUGGUACAUAUUGGUAUUAUCUAUUCAUCUGCAUCAGUGUUUAUUUUUACCUUGACCUUUCCUGUGACCUUGACCUCACUUUUCUAUCUUUGAUAUUUAGCUCAGUUUGAAAGCAACUAGUUAUUGACAAUAUGUUUAUCAAAACUCUUACACUGAUACAUAUUAGAGGUAGCAAUUCAGUUGUGGUAUUGUUAUAUGACUUGAACUUCCUUGUGACCUUGACCUCACUAUUUUCUAUUGUGGUGUUUAGGUCAAUUUCAAAGCAACUAUUGACAAUCAUUUUAUGAAAACUCUUACACUGAUACAUUAGUGGUAGCUAUUCAAAUGCGGUAUAAUUUCAUUACCUUGAUCUUCCCUAUGACCUUGACCUCACUAAUUCCUAUUUUGGUGUUUAACUCAGUUUCAAAGCAAUUAAUGAUGCAUUUUUUUGUCCCAUUCAGAAUAUGGCCAGGGCAUAUAGUAGUAGAGCAGAUUUAGAAGUCAAACUUCAAUUAAAUUGGUGUUUGCCAUGUCAGUUUAUGAUAUCCAGGUGUAUAAAUGAGGAUUAGCAUUUCAUGCGAAUAUAAAAUUUUGUUUUUGUUAGAAAUCAUUUUGAAUAAUCUUUCUAUUGAUAGCUUGGCAACAUUUAAACAUUGCAAAUGCUUUAUCUUUUUAGCAAUUUUCUUAUAAUUUUGGUAAAUUUUAAUAAUGUUCAGAGUGAAAUGAAUCGGCGAUACUUGAGUUAGAUAGUUUCAAGAUGAAAAAAUUCUAAAAAAAAAGUUGAUUUUUUUUAUUAGAACACUUCUCUUUGCCAUAGGAAUAAUGCAGUGUAUUGAUGAGGGGGAGUGUUAGAAUUGUAUUCCUUAUUUAUGUGGGAUAUGACUUGUAAACAACUGAGAUUUAACUGUAUUAAAGUUUUUAGAGUUAAUAGCAAUAGUGUUUCAAAGGUUCUCUUUAUAUUGUAUACAUUUGUGAUAUGACUUAAACACCAUUCAGAUUUACCUGUAUACGGGCUAGCACCACAUCAGACUAAGUUCACUUAAGGUUUUGACCCUGAUAUUAACACAACAAAGUGUAUUCCCAGUUGUGAAAGCACUGCAUUUCUCUUUUAAUUCAUGCUAAGGUGAAUGAAAAAGUAUGCAGCAAUUUUCCAUCUCCAUCUAUGGACAUAUUUCGAGUUAGCAAGAUAUAUAAGUCGGAGAAGAUGUGGAAGAUUCAGUGGUGCCUUAUUUUUCGAUUUCAUAGAGAUAUUUCGAAUCGACAUAUGAAUGAAAAUGAUUAUUGUUAACAGAUUAUACGUCGUUGACAUAGCUAAAUAUCGAGUUGAAGGCCACAGCAAGACAGUUUUAUUCUCAUGAAGAAGCUUUUGAAUAAAAUCUGCUUUAUAAGAAUACAAAAACAGGUCAGCUAUAUUGUAGCCAAGGAGCACAACUCGUGCCCAUGGGAAUUCCAACAGACUGUUGGAAGAUCUAAUUACCAAAGACUAUCAACUACAGUAUAUCUUUAUUUCAACUUCAGAGUGCAAGGUGAAGAUAACGAACAGUGAUCAAUCUCAUAACUCCUACAAGCAAUACAAAAUAGAUAGUUGGGCAAACACGGACCCCUGGACACACCAGAGGUGGGAUCAGGUGCCUAGGAGGAGUAAGCAUCCCCUGUUGACCGGUCACACCCACCGUGAGCCCCAUAUCCUGAUCAGUUGGAGACAGAGAGUUUGCAAUUUCCACGGAUCCUGGUAGUCAGUGGAGCACUGAAUUAAGGAGUCUCAACUUCACAGAACCUACAACAUGGCAAAUGUGAAUGGAAUGACAAGUCGAGACUGUCGACCAAAUAUAUCCCUCAACUGUUCCCCUCAUGUUGAACAAGACCAUUAUUCAAUACCUAUCAAUGCCUUCUUUCUUUUCGUUGGAAUUCUUACUCUUGUGUUCAAUAGUGGUAUAUUAGUUCUUAUUGUCAAGGAAAAGAAGAUUAGACUUAACCUUUACCAUUUCUUGGUACUGAUAUUGUGUGUGAGUGAUGUUUUGGUAGGGUUGGGAUUCAUAUUUGGUAUCCUUCGCACAGUUCAUCCAGCUUUUCAGACAAGCAAAGCUUUUGCAGUAUUGAAUGUUCUUUUAACGACAACAGGACUCUAUAUCUCGCUCUAUCACACAUUUUUGAUCAGCUUGCAAAGGUUUUUGGUCAUUUGUAAAGAAAAAUGGAACACUCUAAUUUUUCAACAAAACCGGAGGUACUUUGUAUGUGUAAGUGGUUGGAUAGCUAUAUUGAUAAGCAACUGUAUCUUCAUUUCGCCACACCCGGCUUCACCUGGCAGUGAUAUAAUAUCAUAUGUCUAUAAUGGUCACUAUCAGGCAUACACAAUAUAUAUCAGAUUUUUAACCACGUCUCUGCUAUUUUCUACAGUGAUUUUGUACCUAGUUACUAUUGUAUAUAUGCUGAAAACAUACAGGAAAAUUAGUCCCACUGGCGACUCCAACGCUUUACAAGUAAUUGAAACAAUCAACAUUCACACGAUAGAGCCACAUCCCUCUCAAAAGGCAUGUGUUUUUUCAUGUCUGCCACAUCAGGUCAGAGUGAGACCAAUAAGAUCGCGCGGUGAAGCUUCUAAUCAGAUUGGUACACUUACACGUAAAAAGGUUAUGAGUACACUGUACCUGGUGGGUCUCUUGAUCACGGUCCUUCUUAUUUUUACAGGACCACUUGUUGUAACACUUUCAUGGCGUGAUACGUUCCCUACUAGACUCAGGGGCAUACUGUUUGGUUUGUGUUGCAUAAAUUCUACGUUGAACCCAAUCAUAUAUGUGUGGAAGCUGGUGGAUAUCCGCGGAAUUGUAAAAUCGGCACUGUUUUGUUUGAACAGGUAAAUUAAAACCUACAUACCUAAGUAACAAUCGGUUGACUUUGGUCAAUCUCACUCCUUUCAGAAUUGGCGGAGCGUGAAAGCCGAUCAUGAUUUUCAAAGAAUCUGCAAUAUUGGAUGAUACUUGAAAAGAGUGCCAGUUUCAAAUUGGAAUUUGAAAAGUGAUAUCAAAUGUUGUACCUUCUCGUGUGUAAUUGCUCCUGGAUUUUAUCACAUAUUGCGUUUAAUACUUUGUACAUGAACAACACUGUGAUCUAAAAAGAUUCUAGACGCUUUAGUUGAGUACGAUGUUUGUUUGAUUUGAAUAUAAAGAUGAGGCGAUACAUGUUUUGUCAUAAAACACUAUACGCUCUAGGAAACAUGUAUCUCGUAACUUCAGUUUAGUAUACUUUAAUAGAGUGUCUGUGUUUGCCUUUCUCUUAAUUUUGUAUUCUUUAUAUGAAGUAUGGAAUUAAUCACUGUUUGUUAUUUUCACUUUUUCACUGUAAAUAUUGUGGUUAGAAACACUCGAUGAGAAUUGGUGAAGCAGUCUAUAGACUUACAUUUCGACUUUUACAUGUGGGGUUUCACUUGGGUGUAACAGCCGAUUUAUGACAGUUCAUAUUCUCAUGUAUGAAUUCAGCUCGGCAGUAAAUCAGCAUUGAACAUCGCUAUGUGAACUCUGGUUAGAUGUACUGUAUGUAAGUAAUUUAUUCAU